ACUUCAGGGCAGAGAGACAGAAAACAAACUUUGCGGGAACCCCAGCUCGCGCAACGCAGCCAGGCGGUGGGGGCAGUGGAGAAAGUCCCCAAAAGAGGCUAUCUUUAGCUCCCGUCAGAAUCAAAGAUGACACUUUGAGCACCACCUUAAAAGACACAAAAGAAGGAAGCGUGUUUGUUAAGGUGUCAGUUUUCUCCCCCUGCCUCUUGAAACUCCGCGUUGGCUGGUUGCCCAAGGUGGUGCUGCAUACAAAUAUUGACAGAACACAGCAGUGUUUGUUAAACCCAGCCGGGGAAGCCAGUGAUUAAAACUCUUGAAGGAAGAUCCGAAAACCCCAGGAACUCUCUCCUGAAUAGCCUUAGAACAUUGACCGAAUGAAAGAGUGAAUUUCGUUGACCGAAUGAAAGCACUGAGUGGGCUAAAAGGGAAACAUUCACCGUCCCUGUCUGCUAUGCCUUUUCGUGACCCUGGAAACAGAAGGGGAAUUCUUAUAAAUCACAAAGGAAAAUAAAUAACUUCACCCAUGGAGGGAAAGAGACAGCUUGAGAAAAGAGACUUUGGAAAAAGGCUGUCUCUAGAUAGCAGUCUUGUGGAAUACAUGGACUCCAAUAAAUACAUCGAACACCUGCUGGCUCAGCUUGAGGAGCAGCACCGAAGUCUCUGGAGGGAGAAGUUGGCUGUGGCCCAGCUGCAGAGGGAAGUUGCCCAAAGAAGAAGUGAGGGGGCCAUGCAUGAGAAGCUGAUCCAUGAAUUGGAAGAGGAGAGACACUUACGUCUGCAGAGUGAGAAGCGGUUGCAGGAGGUGACCCUGGAGUCAGAGCGCAGCCGGAUGCAGAUGCGUGGCCUGCAGCAGCAGUUCUCCAGGAUGGAAGAAACAGUACGAAAUCUAUUGCAGAGUCAAGGACCUCCAGAACAGAAAAAAGAAGAAACUGUUAAUAUAAUGGUCUAUCAGGGAAAGCUGUCAGAGGAAGAGAGAAAACACAAAGAAGCUUUGGAAGGCCUUCACAUGGUGGUAGAUGAGGAUUCGAGGAGUGAAGGCAGCAGUGCAGAUGAGGGGAAAGAAAAGACCAAAUUGCUUCUAGAAAGAUUGAAGGCUCUAGAGGCAGAGAAUUCAGCAUUGGCUUUGGAAAAUGAAAAUCAAAGGGAACAGUAUGAGAGAUGUCUCGAUGAGGUAGCCAACCAAGUUGUGCAAGCUCUGCUCACUCAAAAGGAUCUAAGGGAGGAAUGUGUAAAGUUGAAAACAAGAGUAUUUGAUUUGGAACAACAGAAUCGAACGUUAAGCAUCCUGUUCCAACAGCGAGUCAGACCAGCUUCUGAUCUGCUUCUCCAGAAACUUCACUCACGCAUCUUAGAUCUUUCAUCCGGGGAUUUGCUCUCAGAUGUGGAAAGAAGCCGAAGUCUGACGCAGUCACGAACUGAUGUUGAGAUGCACGAAUGCCAGCUGAACGCAAAACCAAGCACCUCUGCUUUGAAAUGCCCUGGCUUGGCGGUUGCCAUCCCUGGUCAUCUCUGUCCUCGAAAUAGCUGCAGCAGCAGCGAACUGUCCCUUUCGAGCACCUGCAGCGAGUACUCCAGCGGCUCCUCCUACACGUGGCAUGAUGGGAAGAACCUCAGGAAAAGGCAGUCAUCACAAAAUUGGGACAAAAGGUUAAGUAUUGACUCUUCACUCCCCAGUGGCUUUGCUAGUCCUACAGAUGAACUACCUCCAACUCGUAUCAAGGAAAGCCACAUUUUGGAAGGACUCAGGAAGCUACAGAAGCAAAAAUUGUUACUCGAACCCCCAUCAGUGAUAACCAAAUGGGGUUAUAAAGAUUGCAUGAACUCAAAUGAAGGAAUCUAUUCUCCAGGAAUUAAAAGUAGCAGCCUCAAGGAAUAUCCCCCCUGCAAACCCAUGGACACGGGGAGCCCCUGCAAAGAGCCCCACAAGGCGUUUGUUUAUGACACAGAUUCUCACGAUGAUGCGGAUGAGGACCCUUCUUCCCGAGCCGCGCUCCCAGCACUUCCAAACCAGGGCUGCGGGCUGCACUGUUGUCAACUAACCCAUAGUGUUUCUGACGGUCUCUUUGGCUGGGAGCCAAAUGGCAAACGCUGUUCAGAAGGCACUUCCUCGGUCUGUCCCAGGGAAAGGCCUGAGAAGCUGACCAGUUGUGCCAGCAACUGUCCCUUGGAGCAGAAGCUGUGCCCAGGUGUGCCGGUGCCACAGGUGCAGAGAGAGAGGGGCCCACACGGCCAGGGCCGCCUGGCUCUCAGUGUCCAGCUCUCAGACACCGAUGACAGUGAAACCCUGGAUGAGCUGCACAUCGAGAGCAGCGAUGGGAAAAGCCCUUCCGACGUGUCCUUGACUGCCGACACCGACAAGUCGAUGGAGAAUCUGGACAUCCUCUUGGGAUUGGGAAGAUCUCAACGUGGGUCUCCAGAGGAGCAGGAAAAGCAAGUGCCCGUCCCCUUAGAGAGUAGGCCAAAGACCUUUAGUUUCAUUAAGCAGCAAAGGCUUGUAAAACGGACUUCCUCCGAAGAACGUAUCACUGUGGUUUUUGAUGCGGAAGAUGGCGAGCCCAUUGAGUUCAGCUCUCACCAGACGGGCACUGUCACUGUCACCAGAAAUGAAAUCUCCAUCAAUCAGGCCCCUGCUAGACCCCAGGCUGAACACACUGAACUUUUACCUCAGGGAAUUGCUCAUUUCCAGUCAGGAGCUGCUGCAAAAGACUAUCCCUUCUUCAAGAGGUCAGAAGAGGAAAUUGAGGAAAACAUUCCAAAAGCCGAGGUAGAUGAUGUUCCCGAAGCUCCCACAGACUCUUUCCACCCCAGGACAGGGGCACAAAACACUCAGCGACAAAGACCGGCCAAACCAGCACACAGUCCGUCAUGCCAGAGGAAUUCCAGGUCCUCGGUGCCCACGGGCAUCUAUCAGAAGAAAAAUCUGACAAAAAUACCUACCAGGGGCAAGUCUUCACCCCAGAAAUCAAAAAUCAUGGAGCCUGAGGCCUCCAUAACUGUCCCCUCCGCUGGCCCGGUGACUCCUGAAAAAUCACCAGCUCCAGGGAAACUCUCACGAUUCAAAAAGACUGAAGGCCCAGCACCCCUCUUUGAUUUACAGCCAGAUUCACACAUUCCGAAACACCCUACCCAGCUCCCUCACGGCUCCAGCAUGUCCAGCAGAAGGGAUUGGGCCCAGUGCUCCACCAGACAGAUUCCAGCAUCACAGCUGCUGUCCAGGCCCCUCGCUGAGCCACAUGACGAUGGAGAGCCCCCCACGCGGGAUGCACACUGUGACCCUGGGCCCGAGGCAGGGCUGAAAUCACCCUCCCCUCCUUCCCCUCCAGGCAGGUCGGUCUCCCUACUCAUCAGGCCUAGUUAUGACUAUUUGUCACCACCUCCAUCUGCCAAGCCCGAGACCAGAGUCCCCAGUGAAACAGCAAGGACAGUAUUUAAAUCCCCUCCUCUGAAAGGAUCCUCCACUCCUAUUAUUUAUUUUAAUCAGACCACGACAGAAGUGCAGGGGAGGAAACCUUCUCUGACCUUCAAAAAGCCCAUCUUCUCUCGCCCUCUGCCCUCCGCAGAAACAGUGACCCCAACCCGAUGCUCUGCUCAUGCCCCCUCCAACUCAUUUGCUGUGAUGGCCUCAGGGCGCCCAAAGGUCUCUCCAAAGAGAAGUGUCCCCAAAACCCCACCUCACCAAACCCUGGGGACCACACAAACAGACACAGGGUUACGGACUUCCAAGAACUGUCCUUCAACCCACGAGCCACUGGAAAUACCAUCCUCGAAAAGUGUAUCUCCAAGGAGAAAAGGACAAUUGAAUGACAGUGUCUCCACGUCACUGAAGCCUUCCUUCUUAGGGGUAAGUGAGUCACCAUCAUCUCAGGGUAACAGUCCCUCCUCCUCAGCAUCCUCCAAAAGCCAUAACUUCCCGCAUGGUUGUCAAAGCCCUCAUGAGCGAGGGCUGAAAACUCGCCUCCCAGUUGGACUCAAAGUUUUCAUGAAGUCUCCCCAGUUGCUCAGGAAGAGUUCCACGGUGCCAGGGAAACAUGAAAAAGACAGUCUAAAUGAAGCUUCUAAAAGUUCUGUGGCCAUGAACAAGGCUAAGCCAGAGGCCUCCAGGAUUCCAACUGGCCUUGACACCACAGGAGAUGAAAGAAAUGUGUCUCCACUGGAUUUGCAAGCACCAGGUAGUUUGGCCGAAGGGCCUCCCCCAGAAACAGCAAUGCCAGAGUCACUGGUGAACAGCAUGCCUGGGGCUGACGGGAAAGAUCGGGUAGAAAACAAGUCUGGGAAAAGAUCCCUCUCCUCCAAACCACACCUGAAACCAGCUUUAGGCAUGAACGGAGCCAAAGCCCGCAGCCAGAGUCUCAGCGCUCACGCAGGAGACAAGCCCCCGACGCCCCCCAUGGAAGGAGGGCCAGGAAAGGUCCGAACUCAGAUUAUUACCAACACUGCUGAGAGAGGGAAUUCCCUCACCCGGCAGAGCUCGUCCGCCUCCACGGAAGGCGCUCCCGACAAGACAGCAUCUGCCCUGACGUCGGACAGUCUCCCUGGUGCCGGGAGGCCUCUGGGGCAUCCGUCCUCCGGGCACGGCUCCCUGGGGAGCACAGGCAGCUCCAGCAGCCAGCAAGGGAGCCCAAGUAAGUUGCCUCUAAAGAUCCCUCCAAAAUCUGAAGGGCCCCUCACCCCACCUGGAACAGAAGAGCCACAGGCCUCGGCCCAAGGAGAAAGCCCCAGGGUGACUGGACCUGGGGAGCCAGGCAGCGACCGCUGUGGAUGCCCACCCACCCCAACAGAUGGCCCACGAGUCCCGCAGAGUCCAGGGAGGAGCCGGUAUCCCAGCAGUCUUGAACCAAGCAGGACCUCCAAGCUCGAAACUUCUGGAAGGUUUCCAGACACUUCUACCACCAGGACUAGUGUUGUGAGCCCCGAAGCCCCCCUCUCACCCACAAUCGAAGAAAAGGUCAUGUUGUGCAUUCAGGAGAAUGUGGAAAAGGGCCAAGUGCAAACAAAGUCCACCUCUGUGGAAGCGAAGCCGAAGCCAGGGCCUUCUUUUGCCAGCUGGUUCGGUUUUCGGAGGAGCAGACUGCCUGCUCUCAGUAGCAGGAAAAUGGAUGUCUCCAAAACCAAAGCAGAAAAGAAAGAUGUGAAAGGUUUGGGGUUUGGAAACAAACAGCUAAAAUCAGAGCGAAGAAAAGAAAAAAAGAAGCCUGAGUUACAGUGUGAGAUGGAAAAUGAACUUAACAGGGACAUUGAGUUGGCAGAUGGUCCAGACAGUGGUUUACAAGGCAGAAGUAACCUGAAAACACCGCCAGAUAUUUUUGAGCAAAUGAAGUUGGAAUCGAGAAAUAGACCCAGCCCUGUUCCGUGUUCAACAAAAGAUACCUUUAUGACGGAACUUCUGAACAGAGUUGAUAAGAAAGCAGCUCAACAGACAGAAAGUGGAUCAAAUAAUGUUUCCUGCAGGAGUGUGUUAAAGGGCAGCUCCCAGGGCUCCUGUCUCACCGGCAGCUCCAUCAGCACUCAAGGAAGCCACAAGAAAAACAUCAAAACCAGAGCUGAUAUGGAAAUACCGAAGGGCUCCCUGAUAAAAGAGGCAAGUGAACACCUGCAAGAGGAUGAGGAAGAUACAGCUGCAGAUUCUGCAUUUCAGAGCCACAGCAUAGAAACGAACUGCCAGAUGAGGACACUGGACAGUGGGAUUGGAACCUUCCCGCUCCCAGACUCGGGAAGUCGCUCAGCAGGACGGUACUUAUGCCAGCCAGACUCCCCAGAGGACCCUGAGCUGCUCCUGUCUCUCCAGCCCACCCUUUGUACAGCUUCUUCCAUACGAGCCCAGACGCUUGAACGAGAAGUGCCUUCCUCUGCAGACAGCCGGGGCUCUGCAGACAGCACCAUUGUUCAUUCCACCUCCGACCCCAUCAUGACAGCCAGAGGGAUGCGACCUCUUCAGAGUCUCCUCCCCAAACCAGCCUCCUCAGGAAAAAUCAAUUCCCAAAUGCAGAAUGAAGCCGAGCCAAGGCCUCAGACUUGUUCGUCCUUCGACUACACUGAAAACACCAUGGCCAGCGAGCCACUUCCAGCCUGGGGGGGCGACAGCGCGGCUGCCCAGACCCAGAAAUUGAAACAAGCUGAAGAAACCAGAGAAGAUCCCAAGACUAGAUUAUGUAAAAUUUCCCUGGAGUCUUUCAAUAAAUAUAACAGCAAUACUGUGAUUUUAUUACAAAAAGAGAAGAACUCUCUGAGCAAGGUUGAAGGACAAAAGGAAGAAAAAGAAAAAAAUGAAGAGGCUUCUUUGAGUAGCUCCGAUAGGCCUGGGGUAGACAAUUUGGAAUCUUUGAGUGAUUCUUUAUAUGAUAGCUUCUCUUCCUGUGCAAGUCAGGGUUCAAAUGAUGUAUAAAGGACUUUUUUCUUCCCUUAGUGAGCUGAAAGUGGAGCACUUAAGAAACGGGGGUGGGGAGGGGGGCAGGUAGAGAUGACAACAGUAAACGACUGCAGUACCAGAGCCCACGCUGUCAGCCACAGCGAGCAGCCACUGGCGCCUGCUUCUAUGACAGGGCACUAAAGACACCCUAUCUGUUGUGUUCUGUGAGGAGUAAAAGUAAACACACCCACGAUACAGAAGUCUUAAUUUUGCACUUUUUUAGGAAUACGUGUACAGAAGUUGUAAAUUUGGGGGGAAAAGAAAUUAUAUUUGUUGCAAAAAAAAAAAAAAAGCAAUAAAUUGAAUCAGUGCCAUGCUCUUGAAAUGAUGUACUAAGUCUUAGAAGUUGAUGAUAAUAUAUUUUUUAAAAAUUCCAACUCAAGUUUUGGUUCAGGUCAUUGUCCCAGUCCUCAAAUUGUUUGUGGGUACACUCCGUGAACUGAAAACAGGGCCGGCUGGAAAACCAGAGCACUCUCUGUACAGUCUCCAUCUUACAAUCUCAGUCUGAUAGAAACUAAUUCUAGUGCAAUUUCAAAGUUGUUGCCAGAGAGAUUCAGAUUCUAAUAAUAAAUGUAAUUCUUUUACUGAAAACUAUAAAGGUACUGAAGUGUGACACUGAUCAGAAGCAAUGUGUAUCAGAAAUGCUGUAAUUGUUUUCCCUCCAAACAUUUCCUUACAUCUUCUACUUAGUGUAUCUCUGUAAUUCUCAACAUUAUUUGUUAAUUUUUAUCUUCUUGCGCUUUUUAUUAAAAUCUGGGCAAUCUAGAAAUGAAAGCAAAUUCCUAUUUGCGAUGUUCACUUUGUAAAAAAUUUAAAAGGGUGCUAUGAAAAAUUCUUACUUUUUAAUAUCCUUUUUUCUACAAAAUCUGUUUAUAUGUAAGGAUAAAUUCUAUUUUAAAGGUUACCAUGUAUUUUUUUCUAGAUGUGCACUAUUUAUAAUGGCUUUUGUACAGGAGCUUGUAAACUAGGCAUAACAGAAAUAUUUUUAGGAUCUAUAUGGUUACUUUAGUUACACACUUGUUUCUUUAAAGAGUAUUGUAUGAUCAGUGUUAUUUGGUUAAUUUGUGCAAUUUGUUAUAUUUGAAUUUUGUUGUCUUAAAUGAAAAUUGUGUCAUUGUCUUUCAGAUUUAAGAUUCUUUUGUUUCAUUUCUGAAUAAAAUUUAUAUCAAUCA